AUGCACUCUGCUUGGCAAAGCAGGUGCCCACUCUUCGUGCCAAACGAGAGCAGUUCAGAAGUCUCAGGAGAGCAUGUGCAGCUUUCAGAUUCAGGGAUAAGCACUGAGCCAUUGCUUCAGGGUACUGGGAACCCCACAAAAAGACUUUCCAGACAAGAUGCUCAAGAAGAGAACAGAAAAGGAAACAAAGACAACAGGCAAUUAAAAGAAAGGAGUUUCCCUGAAACCUUUUCUGCUGUCAAAGAACAAAGAGAACAAGUAAAGGAAGAGAUUCCACCAUCUCCCUUUGGCAUAGAGGGGGAGAUGAAGACUGGAAACACAGAACAUGGGCCUAUCACAUCAGCAAUUGGUAUUAGACAGAAGCCUUCUGAAGAAUUUGUUGAAGAACAACUUAAAGCAGACAAUCGUCUCAUAGCAAAACAGCAGAAGGAGCAGCAGAGCAAGGCAAAAGUAACACUUCGGAAGGCUUUUCUCAAACGAAAAGAAGGUAUGGUAAGGGUUAAAAAAAAUAAAAAGAAGCCUUUAAAAGAUGACAGCAAGCAUUCCAGAAGGGCUGGUUUGGACUGCUGGGGUAAUUUCUCCAGGUUUGGCCAAGUGGAGGCAGGCAUACUGCAAACAGGCAAAUGCUCUCAGUUAAAUCUGCAGGUCAGUAGCUCUAUGCAGAAGGGUACAAAUGAAAUAAAAACAGACUGUGCUUUAGCUGAGUGGGAGAUGAAGGCUCAUACUGACUGUGAAGCAAAAGUAGUUGAGCAAAGUGCAGAAGAAAAGCAAGUGAUUGGGGGAGAUGAAGAUGCAAAGAAAAAGCCUAUUGACUCACCACAGAGAAGGUGGCCUGAAAUCCUGCAACCGUGUCUUGAAGCAGUAACAGAAAUGAACCUACGAGUAGGUGAGGAAAGAGAAACUCAUCAUCUGGAUUCUGUAGAGCAAGCAGACAGAAUUGAUGGAAGACCUGUGGAGGAUAGCCUGAAAAAGGACCUAGAUAGGGUGGAUCAGCAUUUGGGGGGUCAUCUUACAGAGGGAGCAAAAAUCCCCUUGCAAGUCCUGCAAAAGCAUUCCCCAAUUCAGGAUUUAGAAGCAGAGCAGACUAAGGAGGCAGAAUGGAGUGCAGGCCCUGUGCUCACACCGGGCCAGAAGUGGGGUCAGGUAUGCCCACAGGAACUUGUUUCAGGGAGCCAGAGAUCAGAAAGCAAAAGACAAAUCUGUACUGGGUUUAAGAUGGUCAAUGAUAAGAUAGUGAAAAUUACACACAGCUCACCUGAGGCUGUGCAGAAUGGGAGUUUAUCCUUAGCCUUGCAGCAGGAGAGACAAAGGAAGGGGACAGAUGCCUUGACAUGGCAUGUUGCAUCUUUGUCCUGUGACUCAAGCUGCUUAUCCUCUAACAGUGACGAUGAACCAAAAUCUCACCAUGCUCAGUAUCCCUCCCAUCAUGAACCUCAGGGAGUAAAUCAUACUGACAGACAUUUGGAUGUCUCUGAUGGUGAUUAUGUUAGUGAUGAGCCCAGUGGAAAUGAAAAAAUGUCUAUGAAAAAGUGCAGCAGAUCACCCCCAAGGAACCAAGAUAUUCAAGUGAUCUCAAGACAGAUUGGUCUCUCCAGCAGUACAAGUAGCAGUGAUUCCAGUACUGGAGCUGUCAGUCAGAAAGGGAGCAAGGCUCACUCUUUUCUUCAUCAGUCCCUAUUUCAUCUCACAAGAUCAAAAAGAGUCCAUGAGCCUGAAUCAAAGAAUGAGAGUAGGGCCAGGGAUGUUAAAAGCCAAGAUCUGCCAUCCUCAACAGUGACUGGUGAUAUUCCUGCUUUCAAGAUUAAAGAAACCCCUUCAAUGGAGGAACCACAGAAAAAACUGUUUACAGACCCAUUAGACAUCUUUAUAGAAGAAACCCAGAACAUUGCUACCAGAGGACUAGGGAAUGGAGAAACCCCUUCAUUGACUAGAGUGAAAGAAGAACAAGAGAAAGCAAUGCAUUUUCUCAGAGCACGGAUGGACCAGCUCAAGACUGACAGAAGCCAGGAGCUGACUCACCCUUUGGAAUAUAAUAGAGACCAAAUUUACUCACAGCAGAAAGAAAAAAUUGCUCAGAGCAAGUUCAAAGGAACAGCCAGAGUCACUGGAGAAAAUGUGAAAGCAGAAGAGAUACAAAUAUUAAAACAGCAGAUUGCGGGACUGCAGGAGGAAUUCAAGAGAAAUGAGACCUGCUGGCAUGCUGCCUAUGGCAAGCUGAGAGACCAGGUUGAGAUGCUGACCAGGCAGAACAUGGAGCUUCGAGAUGAGAUCAGAGUUUCAGAAUAUCAGAGGUGGAAAGCAGAAAAAACCCCAGAAGCUGUGAAUUUCAUGAACAGAAAAUCAGAGACCCCGGUUACAGAAGCUAUUCUGCAAGAGACAGCACCUUCAUCCAAACAAGAAGAAAGAUCGUGGAGAGAUAAUCACAACAGCCACAGCUUCUCUCAUGUGGGGCCAAAGACAUCUUUGAAGAAACACUUCUUUCAAGAUGUGAAUAGCAAAGCAAUAAAAAGCUCUGUGCCAAGGGCUGAUCCUUUGAGAUCAAUGACAAAGGAACAUCAAGAAAAGAAACCAUCCAACUGCUCUGUUGGCAGAAGCACAACACCGACUGGCAGGAGAACACCUCAUCAGGGAAGACUGACACCUUUUGAACCAGAAAAAGUUGUACACCAGUCCUCUCCUACUGGGCGAAGAACAGAUGACAGGAAAUCACCUGGAGCUGUCUCACACCUGAGUGGUUUUAAGGAGCCUAACUCAUUGGCCUAUGAAAAAGGCAGGUCUUUGCCCAUUUCAGAUAGCUCAGAAGACAUGCCCCUCUCACAUAAGCACAGCAACAACACUUGCAGCUUCGCACUCUGCAGUAACAAUGAAGAAACAGAGCCUCCAAAAUCAAUAUUAUCUAGAAGAACAGUGUUACAUCAAGAAAAGAAAAAAAGUGAGGAAGAGGUGCAGGAAAAAAUAGAGUAUCGUGAUGGAAAGGUAGAAGAGGUGCUUACUGAUGGACGUCGAAUCAUCACUUUCCGCAAUGGUACUAAAAAAGAGAUCAGUGCUGAUAAAAGGAUGACCACGAUUAACUUUUUCAAUGGAGAUGUAAAGAAGAUCAUGCCAGAUCAGAGCAUGAUUUAUUAUUAUGCAGAUGCACAGACAACCCACACUGUUUAUCCAGAUGGCCUGGAGGUGCUGCGGUUCCCUAAUAAUCAGAUAGAGAAACAUUAUCCUGAUGGCACACAAGAAAUUGUGUUCCCAGAUCACACAGUGAAAUGCCUCUAUAGUGAUGGAUUCAAGGAAACUUUUUUCCCAGAUGGUACAGUAGUUAAAGUAGAAAAGAACGGAGAUAAAACAGUGAUAUUCAGCAAUGGCCAAAAGGAGGUUCAGACCGCACAGUUCAAAAGGCGGGAGUACCCAGAUGGCACUAUAAAAACUGUGUACUGCAGUGGCAGACAAGAAACCAAGUACUCCACUGGACGAGUUCGAAUCAAAGAUAAGGGUAAUGUUAUCCUAGACAAGAAGUGAUUCCACCCCUCACAGGGUUGGACUGUACAUAAGUAGCUCAGCACAUUUUCCCAGCAUGUCAGACCAGUUAGGAAGAGUUAAGCCUUAUGAAAAUGAAUGGAUGGAUCUGUAGGGCUGAAAUUUACUUUGGUUCAGUGGCAGAUGCUCAGUUUGGAACGACCUCACCUGAAUGAACUGUCUCUUGAAUGAGACUUGAAGGAAAAGGAGUUGUACCCUCUUCGUGUAACACUAAGAUAAAUGCCCACAGUACUUCUCAUCAAAGUGUUCCACAAUGCUGAUCUCACUUUCCUUUGCUUUUCUGCUAUUUAGUUACAAAAGUGACUACACUCAAGGAGCAUGGCAUAAGAACCUCCAAUCCAAAAAGCUUUUUUAAUUUCAGCUCAGUGCUGCCUUAUGCUGGCUAAAACAAAUCUACUGGUUUGGGGCUGUUUAUUUUUUCUCAGUUAACCAUCCCAAAAAACAUGGACGUUAUUAAUAUUUUCAGUUUGGUUGAGUUCUUUGGAGCAGAAGAUCCCAGGAUGCAUCAGGCCUUAUAGCAAGCUGUACAUUAAACCAAAACCUGAGCAGGAGUUCAGUGAACAGUCACACCACUGGAUGUCUCUUCCAAUGUAAAUUAUUCAAUAAUUACAUGACCAUAAUCUACAAAAUCUGUCUCAUGAAUAUGAAGACAAAAUGUAAUGUUUAUUCCAUUCUGGUCAUUAUUCUGGAUGAAGCAGCCCUUUCUUUUUCCUCCAACAGUCUUUCCACCUUUGUGGACCUCCUCUGUGUUGCUUUGUUUUUCAGUUAACCUCUCCCACUACUGGGUCUGUUCUUCCAGUAGUCAAAAAUAUUUCUGGUCAGUGAAUCUCUCUAGCUUCAAGGCUCUUUGGAUUGCACUCAAUACCUAGGGGAAUUAAUCAUUUAUCAGAUGCUGCUUUCAAAUGCCUUUCCCUUAGACUGCCUGUCCAUCAUCUGUCUUGAAUUCUUCCAAAGCACUGAAGCAUUUCCCCGGUAGAGCUCAGCUCAUCACCUGCCCAUUGACUGAGAAGACCAAUUAUCUCCUCAUGCCCUUCAGAUCCCUAUAGAAACAAACACACGUUCAUAGCAUGCAGCUUUAGCCUCUUCUCACACCUAAAUGCAAAAUAAUUGCAAUAUUAUGGUAUUGCUUUCUUCUCUUGAGUUUCUAGUGGGUCACACUGUUGACAAAUCAUGAUUCAAAUUACAGAGCAUCUCUGGAAGAAACAGAUUGAAUACAGCAAGAAGCAUUGCUAAUACUGAUCCUACAUACACUGCAGUUCAUGAAUUUAAAUAUGAAGCCCUGAACAUCCACAAAGUUUGAUGUCAGCUUCUGUGAUAAUAAAAUUGCAUUGUUUUUUCUUUACUCCUGUAUAACAAAGGAAAAAUUUAUAAACCUGUGCUUUUCACUAGUGAAAUACUGAAUACAUUUGAUGUGUUUUGUAAAA